UAGUGGGCUCUGGGGGAGGAUUUCGAAGGGAGCGCACUUCCGGUGCCCUUUCUUUCACCAGCAUUACGGGUCCGAGCCCUCGUGUGAAGGGUGCAGUACCUAAGCUGGAGUCGGGUAGAGGCGGGCCGGCACCCCCUUCUCACUUCUGGUGCCGCCAGCCUCAAGAUUAGACAUGGCCCAGAACUUGAAGGACUUGGCGGGACGGCUGCCCGCCGGGCCGCGGGGCAUGGGCACCGCGCUGAAGCUGCUGCUGGGGGCUGGCGCCGUGGCCUAUGGUGUCCGCGAAUCCGUGUUCACCGUGGAAGGCGGGCACAGAGCCAUCUUCUUCAAUCGGAUCGGUGGAGUGCAGCAGGACACUAUCCUGGCCGAGGGCCUUCACUUCAGGAUCCCCUGGUUCCAGUACCCCAUUAUCUAUGACAUUCGGGCCAGACCUCGAAAAAUCUCCUCCCCCACAGGCUCCAAAGACCUGCAGAUGGUGAAUAUCUCCCUGCGUGUGCUGUCUCGACCCAAUGCUCAGGAGCUUCCUAGCAUGUACCAGCGCCUAGGGCUAGACUACGAGGAACGAGUGUUGCCAUCCAUUGUCAACGAGGUGCUCAAGAGUGUGGUGGCCAAGUUCAAUGCCUCACAGCUGAUCACCCAGCGUGCCCAGGUAUCCCUGCUGAUCCGCCGGGAGCUGACAGAGAGGGCCAAGGAUUUCAGCCUCAUCCUGGAUGAUGUAGCCAUCACAGAGCUGAGCUUUAGCCGAGAGUACACAGCUGCUGUAGAAGCCAAACAAGUCGCCCAGCAGGAGGCCCAGCGGGCCCAGUUCUUGGUAGAAAAAGCGAAGCAGGAACAGCGGCAGAAGAUCGUGCAGGCCGAGGGUGAGGCCGAGGCUGCCAAGAUGCUUGGAGAAGCUCUGAGCAAGAACCCUGGCUACAUCAAACUUCGCAAGAUCCGGGCGGCCCAGAAUAUCUCCAAGACGAUCGCCACAUCACAGAAUCGCAUCUAUCUCACUGCUGACAACCUUGUGCUGAAUCUACAGGAUGAAAGUUUCACCCGUUUUCUUACUCAAGAGCCCUAAAACUGCUCAGGUGCAUGGAGGGAUGUUAGGGAAGGAGACGAAAAAUAGCAGUGGCCAUGAGAACCCGCCGCCUCGUUUCAUGAGCCCGAGAUUCCUGGCCGCCAGCCCUGUUUGUCUUUUCUCCUGGGAGCAAAGGAGGGUUCAAAGCUGUGUGGGGCCUGAAGCUGUCAAUUAACAUGUGCAUUUCUCUUCUCUGUUUCCUGUUCAUCUGGUGAUCUGGCACCACAGAGGAAGGUAAGUUGUUGCUGCAUCCUUGUUCCUGUGGGGUCCUGCAGGCCACCUUCUCCCAACACCUGCUUUCUACCCCACUGCCUUUCCCACCUCCCCACAGACAAACCCUCAGUGGGGCAGGAGGGUCGUGGAGGGAAUGGCCUAGCGUCCUGCCUCUCACAUUUAUGUCCCCUAAUAAUGUCAUCAUCUGUCUUUCCUACAGUGACAGCCUUAUCAAGGGUAAGAAAUGAGCCUAGUCACCGAGAACUCCAUCCCCAGAGGAAGUGGAUCUGCUUCUCCUGUUUUUGAGGAGCCAGCCUGGGGUCCAGCACAGCCCUAUCCCACCCCAGUAUCAUGCGAUGGUCCCCCGCACCCGUCCCCCAAACCCCUCUUGGAUUAAGGAAGACUGAAGACCAGCCCCUUUUCUGGGAAAUUACUUUCCUCCUCCCUGUGUCGGCCGGGGAUGUUGGGACAGUGUGAUUUCUCAGUGAUUUCCUACAGUGUUGUUCCCUCCCUCAAGGCUGGGAGGAGAUAACCACCAACCCAGGAAUUCUCAAUAAAUUUUUAUUACUUAAGCU